AUGCAAUAGUUGAAGGAUAUAGCACGUGUGUCGUCAACUAGACAAGCAUACACGCAUUGAGGCACUUGGAGUCUUUUAAAGAUCUAGGCUAUUUAAUUGAGGGAAGGCAGGGCACUAUAAAGAUUCUCAGAUUCACCUUUCGUUCCUUCGCGAAGCUGCCCGGACUCUAAGGUGCCUGUGAAGAUGCCUGUCAUCAGAACACUCAGCAAGGUAGCCAAGCAGGCCCUCCUGAGCACAGGAUGUGGAUGUGAGCCGCUCACAGUGGCUGUACGGACCAUCAGCUUCUCUCCCCGCCAAGUCACCUCAGACGCCAGUUUCCACUCUGUGUCGUUCUCAGAGACAGACCACCCCAAGGUGCUCAUCACUGGUGGCCUUGGGCAGUUGGGUGUUGGGCUGGCUAAAAUGUUGAGGAAACGGUUUGGGAACAACAAUGUGAUCCUGUCUGAUAUCAGGAAGCCUCCUAGUCACGUUUUUCACAGCGGCCCAUUCAUCUACUCUGACAUCCUGGACUACAAAAACCUGCGUGAGAUCGUUGUAAACAACCGCAUCACAUGGUUGGUCCAUUACAGUGCCCUGCUCAGUGCUGUGGGUGAGGCCAACGUGGCUCUGGCGCGCGACGUGAACAUCACAGGCCUCCACAAUGUCCUGGACAUCGCAGCGGAGCACGGCCUACGUCUGUUCGUUCCCAGCACCAUUGGAGCUUUCGGUCCCACCUCACCACGGAACCCGACACCUGACCUUUGUGUUCAGAGACCAAGAACCAUCUAUGGAGUUUCAAAGGUCCACGCAGAGCUAAUGGGAGAGUACUACCACCACCGGUACGGUCUGGACUUCCGCAGUCUCCGUUACCCUGGCAUCAUCUCGGCCGACUCACAGCCUGGCGGAGGAACGACUGACUACGCAGUAGCCAUCUUCCACGACGCCAUCAAGACGGGGAAGUUUGAGUGCAACCUGAAGCCAGACACACGGCUGCCCAUGAUGUAUAUUGAUGACUGUCUGCGUGCCACUGUGGAGAUGAUGGAGGCGCCCACAGACACCCUCUCAAUGAGAACAUACAACAUCAACGCCAUGAGCUUCACUCCAGAGGAACUGGCCCAAGAGGUCCAGAAACAGCUGCCUGAACUGGAGGUCACCUAUGAAAUCGACCAAGUCAGACAGGCCAUCGCCGACAGCUGGCCAAUGAACUUCGAUGACUCAAACGCACGAAACGACUGGGGCUGGAAGCACGACUAUGACCUCCCAGAGCUUGUCCAGACCAUGCUCAACUACAUUGGGGCAGAUUCGCGCAUCGCACAGGCCAACUGAGCAGGAAAUCAGUAGUGGGGUGUCGGACCAGUGUUGUCCCUGUAGAAAUGAAUGAAUAGAAGGGGCUUAACCAUGGCAGUGCAGCUGGUCAAAUCAUAGGUACACUUCCAAUGCCCACCAGUCAACCCAUUUGGCCCCCGUGGACCUGAAUGGGUGAGCCUGUUCUAUUCAUUCCACGGUUGUUUCUUUGUACAUAUUGUAAAGACUGUUGCUUAUAGAGGAGGAGCACUUGUAGUCUGUAAAUAGUUGUUUUCCAGUCUCUCUCCACUGCGUAAUUUGGAAUGGCCCUGAAUGUGUCUGCCUGGCCGCCCGUGUCUCUGCCUGAAUGGAAAAGCAAGCUUCUCGAACGGGAUGGUCGGUCAUGCAAGGCCGAGUGGGCCGACUUGCUUCCUCCUCCUCUCCUGCCAUCCCGCACACUCCUGCUGUCGACUGAGUGAUGUCAUCAGGAGAGAGGACGGGCCCCUGACAGCAUGUUGUAAUUAAAUAACGUCUUGGAGAGGUUGACUUGCAUGGCUAGGAAUUGUUCGCUGUAUCGUACUUAAGUAACAUUUUCAAAGCAAACAAACAAAGAAUGUAGCAUUGGUAAAUCUUAAGUGCUUGAACCCUUCCAUUCUCUGUGGGAAUCUACUGUGAAAGGAGUUAAUUAACUCAAUAUAAAGGGGUUAGUUAACGCAACAUAAAGGAGUUAAUUAACUCAAUAUAAAGGGGUUAGUUAACGCAACAUAAAGGAGUUAAUUAACUCAAUAUAAAGGGGUUAGUUAACGCAACAUAAAAGUUUCCUUUAUGUAAAAUGUAAGGGGGUUACCGUUGUGUAAUUAUGAAGAUGUUGAUUAAGAUGUUUAUCAGCAGUUUGUUUCUUUGCUGCAAUAGGAGAGUAAAAUAUUUAAACCCUUGAAAAAUCAUAAAACAGAUGUUGAAGUCUGAAUCAUAUUAGCUGGGCCAUUCUAUCUGACACAAUGAUGAGCUGUCAUUUUUUUUUUUAUUUCUUAUUAUAUUUCAUGCUGUUUUAUUCCAUUUAUUUUGCAUUCUAUUUAUUAUGUCUGCCAGUGACAACUGAAUGGGAAUCACAUUGACACAUUUGUCACUUCCUGUAUGUUAAGUAUGAAUGAUUGGUCCACAGCACCUCAGGAACCCUUUGGCAAACAUCUCAAAUGGUACCCUAUUCCCUGUAUAGUAGCACCCAGUACCCCGACUAUUCCCUAGAUACUGUAAAGGGAAUGGAAUGUCAUUUGAGACGCAUUCUUUGACUGUUCAAAUAGGGACUGUUAACACUAGUUCCUAAUUGACCUGUCAGGGAUGUCCGUUCUCACCCUCCCAGUCUAUACUAGGUAUAUAAAGCUGUGGAUGAUCCAACAAAAGGGACUUGUAGCCAAUUUUGGUGGUUAUACGGUAUGGUUUCCUUUUCAGAUGUGAUUGUUGUAAGUUGGUUCAGUACUUUCUGUGUGAAAGUCAUAACAAUGGUGGUCUUUCAAUCACAAACUCUGCUUUUGUUAUUAAAUCAAAUGUUUUUUUCAAGCA